GACCUGUCCCCCCCCCCCCUUUCCUCCUUCCUGCGGUAAAACAACGUUGAAGAAAGAGGGCACUCGAGUACAGCCCAUCUGCCUGUAUCAGACUAGCAAGAGAAACGUGAACAGGAGAACUGGCGAUGACCGCUUUGAUGAAGGAGGGAGUGAACUGCCUCAUGGUUUCGGGUGCAGGCUACAGUUCAUUCCUAUGAUGACUUCUGUUGCCCCUUCAGGCUAUAUGGUUUAAGACUACACUGUAAUGGGAUUUUGAGGCACUAGAGAAGUGACUGGUGGCAGCCUCUUUCAUAACUAUAACAAUGUGCAGACAGGAGGAGUCCAUGAAACUGGUUGCCUGGAUCUGGAUGGCUUCUUGCAACAAAAUGAUUGGGAUACUGCUCGUCUUCUUCCCUGCUAUCCUUCUGGAAAUGGACUUCCUCCCCAAGAAUGCUGGCAGGAAGGUUUUAAUCUCAGGUGCUUCUUCCCAAAGAUCAGUAGCUAGAAUGGAAGGUGAUGUUAUUAUAGGAGCCCUCUUCUCUGUCCAUCACCAACCGCCAGCUGAGAAAGUCCCAGAAAGGAAAUGUGGUGAGAUCCGAGAGCAAUAUGGUAUCCAGAGAGUAGAGGCUAUGUUUCACACUCUGGAUAAAAUUAAUUCUGACCCAGUCCUGCUGCCCAACAUUACUUUAGGAAGUGAAAUCCGAGAUUCCUGUUGGCACUCCUCAGUAGCCUUGGAGCAGAGCAUUGAAUUCAUAAGAGAUUCCUUGAUCUCCAUCCGAGAUGAGAAAGAUGCUCUUGGUCGCUGUUUGCCUGACACUGCAUCCCACCACCACAUCAGGGCCAAAAAACCCAUUGCUGGUGUUAUUGGCCCAGGAUCUAGUUCUGUGGCCAUCCAAGUACAAAAUCUCCUCCAGCUCUUUGACAUCCCCCAAAUUGCUUAUUCUGCAACAAGUAUUGACCUAAGUGACAAAACUCUGUACAAAUACUUCUUAAGGGUGGUCCCGUCUGACAUUCUGCAAGCCAGAGCCAUGCUUGACAUAGUCAAACGCUACAACUGGACAUAUGUGUCUGCUGUACACACAGAAGGAAAUUAUGGUGAGAGUGGCAUGGAAGCCUUCAAAGAGCUGGCUGCUCAAGAGGGUCUUUGCAUUGCUCAUUCAGACAAGAUCUACAGCAAUGCUGGAGAAAAGAGCUUUGACCGACUGUUGCAGAAGCUCCGGGACAGGUUGCCGAAGGCCCGAGUUGUGGUUUGCUUUUGUGAAGGAAUGACUGUCAGGGGGAUUCUCAUAGCUAUGAGACGACUGAAAGUGCUGGGAGAGCUUCUCCUGAUUGGAAGUGAUGGCUGGGCAGAUAGAGAUGAAGUCAUUGAAGGAUAUGAAGCUGAAGCAAAUGGAGGCAUCACAAUCAAGCUACAGUCUCCAGAAGUCUUGUCCUUUGAUGAUUAUUUUUUGAAACUGCAUUUGGAUGAGAACACAAGAAAUCCCUGGUUCCCAGAAUUUUGGCAGCACAGAUUCCAGUGUCGCCUGCCGGGACACUUGUUGGAGAACCCCAACUUUCAGAAGAACUGCACUGGGAAUGAAAGUUUAGAAGAAAACUAUGUCCAGGACAGUAAAAUGGGAUUUGUUAUCAAUGCCAUAUAUGCUAUGGCCCACGGCCUGCAAAACAUGCAUCAUGCCCUUUGUCCAGGACAUGUUGGACUAUGUGAUGCCAUGAAGCCCAUUGAUGGUAGCAAGCUCUUGGAUUUUCUCCUGAAUUCUUCAUUCAUUGGAGUUUCAGGAGAAGAAGUUCGGAUUGAUGGAAAUGGAGAUGCCCCUGGAAGAUAUGACAUAAUGAACCUGCAGCACCUAGGGUCUCAGCAUUAUGACUAUGUCCAUAUUGGCACCUGGCAUGAAGGGGUAUUGAAUAUUGAUGAUAAUCGGAUUCAGAUGAACAAAAGUGGUAUGGUCCGAUCAGUGUGCAGUGACCCCUGUUUGAAAGGUCAGAUUAAGGUUAUAAGGAAAGGGGAAGUGAGUUGCUGCUGGAUUUGCACAGCUUGCAAGGAGAAUGAAUUUGUUCAGGAUGAGUUCACAUGCAAGGCUUGUGAACUGGGAUGGUGGCCUAAUGCUGAUCUGACAGGCUGUGAACCAAUUCCUGUAAAAUAUCUUCAGUGGAGUGAUAUAGAGUCCAUUGUGGCUGUGGUCUUCUCCUGCCUGGGUAUCCUGGUCACCAUGUUUGUUACACUGAUCUUUGCACUCUACAGGGACACCCCUGUUGUUAAAUCAUCAAGCCGGGAGCUCUGCUACAUUAUCCUUGCUGGGAUAUUCCUUGGUUAUAUCUGCCCCUUUACCCUUAUAGCUAAGCCCACUGUCACUUCAUGCUACCUCCAACGUCUCCUUGUAGGGCUUUCCUCUGCCAUGUGUUACUCUGCCCUUGUAACCAAAACCAACCGCAUUGCACGCAUUCUGGCAGGGAGCAAGAAAAAAAUUUGUACACGUAAACCACGUUUCAUGAGUGCUUGGGCUCAAGUGGUCAUUGCCUCCAUUUUGAUCAGUGUGCAGCUAACAUUGGUAAUUACCCUGAUAAUCAUGGAACCUCCUAUGCCAAUCCUUUCCUACCCUAGCAUCAAGGAAGUCUUCCUGAUCUGCAACACCAGCAACUUAGGUGUGGUUGCUCCAGUGGGCUACAAUGGACUUCUUAUCAUGAGUUGCACUUACUAUGCCUUUAAAACUCGCAACGUACCCGCAAAUUUCAAUGAAGCCAAGUAUAUUGCCUUCACUAUGUACACUACUUGUAUCAUCUGGCUGGCCUUUGUUCCUAUUUACUUUGGGAGCAACUACAAGAUCAUAACUACUUGCUUUGCGGUGAGCCUGAGUGUGACAGUAGCCUUGGGGUGCAUGUUCACUCCCAAGAUGUACAUCAUCAUUGCCAAACCUGAGAGGAAUGUCCGUAGUGCCUUCACCACUUCUGAUGUGGUGCGUAUGCAUGUCGGAGAUGGCAAGGCACCUUGUAGGUCAAACACUUUUCUCAGCAUAUUCCGGAGGAAGAAGCCAGGCACUGGAAACCCAAAUUCUAAUGGCAAGUCUGUGUCAUGGUCUGAACCAGGUGGAAGACAAGUUCCCAAGGGACAGCAUAUGUGGCACAGACUCUCAGUGCAUGUGAAGAGCAAGGAGCCAGGAUGCAAUCAGACCGCAGUGAUCAAGCCCCUCACUAAAAGUUACCCAGUCCAAGGCAAAACCCUGACUUUUUCAGAUAUCAGCAGUAAGACUCUGUACAAUGUGGUGGAGGAAGAAGAGAGUGAGCCUGUGCGCUUCAGCCAGCUGAGUAGUCCUCCCACAAUUGUGCACAGGCGAGUAACGGUGACACCUCCACUGCAGGUAUCUGCAGAUGAAGCCCGCCUGUUCUUGUCUGAACAGAGUCCCAAAAGCCUCCCGCCACCUCAGAGAUCCAUCAUGGAGCAGUUGCAAGGCGUGGUCAACAAAUUUGCCACUGGCAUUCCUGACUUCAACUCUGUGAUCCCUGUCCCCGGUACAGGCAAUGGAGUGAGACCUAUCUACCAUCCUCCAUUGAUGCAGCAGCAGGUAUUGCCACUCCCAAUGGGCACAUUCAGCAAAGAGCUGGUUUUGCCCCCCGCUGAGGAAGAGGGGGAGGAAGAGGAGGAAGAAAAUGAAAAGUUUAAACUCAUCCCAGAAUAUGUGUAUGAGAGGCCAGGAAAUCUGGAAGAGGAUGAAGAUGAAGAAGAGGAACAGGCAAACAGCAAACUGACUCUGGAAGAUUCACCAGCACUGACACCUCCAUCUCCUUUCCGAGAUUCAGUGGCUUCAGGCAGUUCUGUACCCAGUUCUCCUGUCUCUGAAUCAGUGCUCUGCACACCUCUCAGUGCAACCUAUGCUUCAGUCGUCCUGAGGGAUUAUAAGCAAAGCUCAUCUACCCUGUAACACAGAGGCUCUUGGGAUGGAAGUGUGUUGACAUUGUCUCCUCUUUUGGCUCUGAUUUGAAAGGAGAAAUAGCAGAAGCCACAUGAAGGCAUGAGAAAGCAUAAAAACAUGAUACUGUGUAUAUGGAACGGGCAAAAAAAAAAAAAUGUAUCCUGCACUAAAUCUAUUAGAGGGCUCCAGAUCUUGACCUGUUGUGUUUUCUUUUCUUUUUUAAAAAAGGGAAAAUAUUGUAUUGUGUUCAAAGUAUUGUAGUCUGAGAAGACAAAAGGAAUUUUGACAAAGCACAAACCCCAUAUAUAAUUUCUAUAGCAAAAAAAAAAUACAAAAAGAAUACACAAUGUUCACACUCACUGUCACAUGCUCUCUUGGCAACACUUGAAAAUGACUGGUUAAUAUAACCACAAAGAAGACUGAGUACAUCUCAUGGCUGGAUAUCUUCACUGAAUGCAGCAGACUUUCAUGCAGCCAACAUUUGUUGGAGAAAGGAAGGAAGGAAGAAUGGAGGGGGAGAAAGAUGGAAAACAGACUUCUCUGUGCAUUGGGUGCAUAGGUGUACAUUUUUGUGAUUUUUUUUUUUUAGGUGGGUGGCCUGGAAAUAGCAAGCUGCCAUCUGAAAAUUAACCAGGGGAAACAAAGAUACCCUGUGGGUGAAUAGCUAAUAAGGAAUGUAUAGAACAUUAGAUAUAGCCCCCCCUUUGUCAGAAUAAACAUAAAGAAGACAUUAAAAGGCUGCUUACAUGAACUAAGGCAAAAAUCCCUGUCAUCCUGAAAAUGUAGAUUUGCCCUUUUGUAGAAGAUUGCAAGCCAGGUGGCUAUACUGUUAACAUUGCAUUUCCAGUAGCAAAACAAUAUUUACCAAUUCAGUUUUCAUAACCUGAUGCAUUUGUCAUGUGAGUACAUCAUUUGUUUGUGUUUCUAUGGGAACAACAUAAAAUAAUUAUAUAUUUUGAACAAUUGCAACUUUAAAGCAAAAAGCAAUUCCUAAUUUUGGCUCAUUAGAUUACAUGGUAGAUGCAAGAGAAUGAGUCUCUCUC